CAGCGACGUGACGGUCUCGUCGAACGUUCGCGAGUGGUUGCGCUCACCGGCCUUCGACGCGCGACAGUGGGAAGACGAGGAGCUGCUGCUGAUGCUGCAGACGAUGUUCAUCGACCUGGACCUACCUCAAAAAUUCAACAUUCCCUUGCCGAUUCUGAGGAACUUUCUUUACGAGGUUUACAACAACUACAACGAGGUGCCGUUUCACAAUUUCAGGCACUGCUUCUGCGUGGCGCAAAUGAUGUACGCGAUAGCCUGGGCGGUGGACCUUCCGUCGAAAAUCGGCGAACUCGAGGUCCUCAUCUUGAUUGUCUCAUGUAUAUGCCACGAUCUUGACCAUCCGGGCUACAACAACAUCUAUCAGAUAAACGCGCGGACCGAGCUGGCGCUGCGCUACAACGAUAUCUCACCCCUGGAGAAUCACCAUUGCUCCGUGGCAUUCCGGGUCCUGGAGGCGCCCGAAUGCAACAUCCUCGCGUCCUUGGACAAUCCCACGUACAGAAUAGUGCGCGAGGGCAUCAUAAGGUGCAUCCUGGCGACCGACAUGGCCCGGCACAACGAGAUCCUCGGCCAGUUCACCGACACCACUCCCGAAUUCGAUUACACUAACAAGGCGCACAUAAAUCUGCUGUCCAUGAUCCUGAUCAAGGUGGCUGACAUAAGCAAUGAGGCACGACCGAUGGAAGUCGCGGAACCGUGGCUGGACAGAUUACUUCAAGAGUUCUUCAAGCAGAGCGACGCGGAGAAACUUGAGGGUCUUCCGGUCACGCCCUUCAUGGAUCGCGAUAAAGUGACCAAGCCGUCCUCCCAAGUUAGCUUCAUCGGCCUAGUUCUCCUUCCUCUCUUCGAAGCUCUCGGCGAACUUCUACCCGAGUUGCAGGCUCUCUUAGUUCAGCCGGUCAGGGAAGCUCUGGAAUACUAUCGCAGACUGAACGAGGCGGCCAAAGACGAGCGUCAUCAUCGGAGAAGCGUUGUGGACGUCGGGGAGUCGGCCCCGCCCAACGCGCCAAUCGGCACAGGCAGUUCAUCCACCGUUUUCAAGUCCACGUCGUCGCAUAGCAUGCGCUCGAAAAGGUCCGCCACGACAAUCCAUUCGCGUUCGCGCUCCACCGACGACGAUAUCACGGAAAACUUGACGAUGGAAGAGGCGGAAAACAUUGAGAGCUCCGAUCCGGAAACCGCCACGGAGGUGGAGAUCAGCGAAAAAACGCUCAAAUUCAAGAUCUCCACGGAGGGCACGCUGACCGGUUCGAACAGCGGUCGAAAGAGCUAUCCCGGCAGUCGGAAGGGCAGUCGGGAGAAGUCCUCGUUGGAUUAUCACAAUCACGAUCUGGCCAAAGCCGUCCGGGAUCACGAGCGCGAGAGGAGACGCAGCAAGGGUGAGAAUCUCGGCAGUGAUCUGAGCUCGCCGGUGAGCGCGAGGUCUGCCGAGGGCACGCGGAUUGUCGAGGAGAUGGAGAAAGAGACGUUUUUUUUAGACGCCAAGAUUGAGAGUAGGACGCCCGAGGGAAACGGUAAUGUCGUCGCGGCGGAGGCGGCUCGCUCGCAACCGAAAAACAACGUGAGGAAAACCAGCAGUGUCAUAGAGAACGAUCAGGAGAACAGACCUAGCCGCAGAGAUGCGCACAGUAGUCGGGAAUCGAUCGGUCUGCGAUGUUGCUGCGACGACAAAACUGGGCCGAAUAACAAGUCUCUGUUCUCGCGAUUGAGGAACUUUACCGACCGCCUGAGUAUGAGCUUCGACUCCAAAGAUUCGCCAAGUCCGAAACCGAAACACGCGUCGAAGAUGCUUAACAAAAGCAACUCGAUUAGUAGCGGUUCGGCCACGACUACCUCGUCGAGGCACCACAAUUCCUUGUUUAUUUGCAAGCGCUGCAACCUGGUAAAGUCCUCGGUAAAGGACGGCGGUAAGGCCAUCGCGACCGUGGUGGAGUUGUCGCCAGUGGACAAACGGGCGAUGACUUUGCCGAAGGUUCGAAAGUCUACGGAUAGUAAGAAUAAGAGCUGGCGAACGGUAUUUGCCAAGGAGAAGAGAUCGUCCACUUCUUUGGAGGCUUUGCCGGCAGCCUCUGGCUCUCGGUCAUUUUCCAAGCACCGCAGAAACUUGUCGAAUCCUGAGGGCAAGUCGCAAAGCCUGAAGGAAACGAAAACUCGACAGGCCCUGGGUAUCGAGUUUCAUGAGAUCGACAUUCGUUUGAAGAAUCAACAGCCUGAAAUCAUAGUCAAUCCCGACGAUACCUGCUGCAAUGUCGAGGAGGAUCUCGGCAAGGUAGAAAUUAGAAGAAGUUCGGCCAGCAUGGAGGACAUCUCUAAAAUGGCGAAGCAGGCUGCGGAGGCUGCCGUGUUGGGCGCGCUUGAUCCUAAGAAGGCGGAGGAGCGUCCUCACACCGGUAGUCUGGACUCGAUGCUCUGCAAGGAGGUAUCCAAGGCACGGAAGAAGCAUUCUGCUCUAUUUUGCUCGCCCGCGACGUCGAAAAAGUCGUCGCCUGGACUGUUCUCGCGAUUUAAAUCCGGUAUGAGCAUCGAUAGCACCAGGAGCAACAGCAACAGCGAUUCCUUGCACGAUCACGGCUCGCAAAGCGGCUGGAUAUCCUCAUUGACGGCUAGCUUUCGGCCGAAGAGACAUCCGAACGAAACGCCGCUGUCGCCACAUCCACCAAGGUCGCCCAGCAGAGAGGAGAUCAAGUGAUACGUCCUGGUGGUCGAGGAUUCCUCUGAUAAGAAGCUCAGCCUCCGCGGCUGGUGGCCUGAGCACUUGUUCUGCUGCAACAGCUAAGACUCGAGCGAGAAAGUUCAAUGUCUACAGAGAGGCUAAUUUAGACCCAGAAAUAUCCGGGAAAUAUCGCCAUCGAAUGCAUAAUGCGUGAAAAAAA